AUGCGCAUCAGCGCGUACGACGUGAGGCACGCCACGCAGUCGUGCGUGUGGCGCAGGAUGCCACUGCCACGCAGCCGCAGCGGUGUUGCCAUUCAUACGGCAGGCAGCGGUGUUGCCAUUCAUACGGCAGGCAGCGGUGUUGCCAUUCAUACGGCAGGCAGCGGUGUUGCCAUUCAUACGGCAGGCAGCGGUGUUGCCAUUCAUACGGCAGGCAGCGGUGUUGCCAUUCAUACGGCAGGCAGCGGUGUUGCCAUUCAUACGGCAGGCAGCGGUGUUGCCAUUCAUACGGCAGGCAGCGGUGUUGCCAUUCAUACGGCAGGCAGCGGUGUUGCCAUUCAUACGGCAGGCAGCGGUGUUGCCAUUCAUACGGCAGGCAGCGGUGUUGCCAUUCAUACGGCAGGCAGCGGUGUUGCCAUUCAUACGGCAGGCAGCGGUGUUGCCAUUCAUACGGCAGGCAGCGGUGUUGCCAUUCAUACGGCAGGCAGCGGUGUUGCCAUUCAUACGGCAGGCAGCGGUGUUGCCAUUCAUACGGCAGGCAGCGGUGUUGCCAUUCAUACGGCAGGCAGCGGUGUUGCCAUUCAUACGGCAGGCAGCGGUGUUGCCAUUCAUACGGCAGGCAGCGGUGUUGCCAUUCAUACGGCAGGCAGCGGUGUUGCCAUUCAUACGGCAGGCAGCGGUGUUGCCAUUCAUACGGCAGGCAGCGGUGUUGCCAUUCAUACGGUCACGAAGAAAGAGGGUUAA